GGAGGCAUGUAAGGCGAGGUGAGGCAAGGCGAUCGGCAGCAUCAACCAGAACCGUUCGAUCAUCAGCUGUCUUCAGCUUCAGAGUCCACCAUGGCUCCUGAUGAGUUUGCUGGCAGAACGGCGGUGGCCUGUGUGAUCCUGGGCCUGUCGUUCCUGGUGGGGGUCCCGGGGAACCUGAUGGUGAUCUGGACCAUCCUGAGGCAUGUCCAGCAGCGCUCCCACACCGUGGUGCUCAUCCUCCACCUGGCUGCUGCAGACCUGCUGGUGCUCAUCACUCUGCCUCUGUGGAUCUACUCCCUGGCCCGCUCCUGGGUGUUCGGGGAGGCCUCCUGUAAGGCCAUGGUGUAUGUCAUCAACGCCUGCAUGUACAGCAGUGUCUUCCUCAUCACCCUCAUGAGCGUUGAGCGCUUCGCCUCUGUGCGACACCCCUUUGCCUCAGCCGGCUGGAGGAGGAAGAAGGCCUUGAAUAAAGUUCUUCUUGUUCUGUGGGCUGCUGCGUUUCUAUUCAGCAUCCCGGUCUUUCCCACCCAGGUGGUGGAGGGGGACCCUGGGGAGGAGCAUUGCCUGUACAGGGAGUACACCUCAGAUGGCCAGGAGGCAGUGUGUGUUCUACUGGAGACCCUAGUGGGCUUUGCGGUCCCCUUAUGUAUUCUUGUGGUCUGCUACAGCUGUAUCUACAGCCGCAUCGCACAGAUGACCUUUAAGUCCAAGCGUAAGUCCACGGGCUUGAUUGCAAGCGUGGUAGUGGUGUUCGCAUUAUGCUGGACCCCUCACCAUGUGGGCAACGUGCUCUCCCUCGUCAUCCUCACCAUCAAGGGGUCCCACCGCGAGGUCGCAGCGCGUCUAGAGAGCGCCAGAACCACCAUGACCUUCAUCGCUGGAGCCCUCGUGUUCAUCAGUAGUUCGGUCAACCCUUUGCUUUAUGUGUUUGUGGCGCGUACAUUCCGGAGUUCCCUGAGGGAAACAGGGAUCCAGAAAUUGUUCUGGCACAUCUCAAGCACGGCCCCCAGAGAGGGGACUAAAGAACUGUCCUUUGUGACCAAGAGACCGAGCUUCUCUCAGACACAGAGCCACAGCUCCCAGUGUGUCACAGAGCCUAAGGAACAAAUGGAUGUACUUAUAAAUAUAUGUGAAAAUGGUUCAUCCUGAGUUUGAAUAUGAUGUGUAUCAUACAUUUUUGCUAAAGAUUUUUGUGUGUAAAUUACAAAGUUUGAUUUGUCACAUUGUUUCUAUAUGUUAAUUAACUUAAAAUGUAGAAUAACAAUUGUUAAUCAUGUUUAUGUCAAACAUAAUGCAUAUAAAAAACAUUUAAAUAAGUACUGUAUAUCAUUUUACCUGUAGUGAAUUUGAAUUAACAUUUGAAAUGAUACUUCAAGGUUUAACAAAUACGCGUUUUUCUAUGUAGGCCCACUGUGUUUGACCAAUUUUUUAGUUGUGAUAUAAUGCUCAUUUCAUGCUCAAAAUGAUGUUAUAUUCCAUGUGCCACAGAAGAAAGAGCUUUAUAGAAAAAAAGAACAUAUGUCACUGCAUAUGUUUGUCUGAAGCUAUGUGAUAUGAGUAUAAUGACUGCGUGUACUGUAUGUAUUCAGCUGCUUAUCUUGAGGCCAUGCCUCACUACGUUUAUUUUUGAUCCUCCUGAUCUGGAUGGAAUAUAUUUCAUCCACAGCUUUAGCCUUCAUGAUAAUGGCAACCACAGAUAUCAGCCUCUUGCUGUCAUACUGAACUUUACUACUGUCUUUAUACUGAUCAUUUAAUUGUUAUAGUUGAAGUCAAUGAACAUGUGUAUAUACCCUAGGUCAUAUUUGUGCGUUUAUUAAAUAAAAGAAUACUUAUUUAAAAAAAGAUCCCUUAAAA